UGGGUGGAAGCAGCUGUUGUGCUUGACUCCGGGCUAAUCGCGUGUCGUGUCCCCGCAGGGUAUGGAGGGGCCAGAGGCCCGGGAGCUGCAGGGCGCGGAUGCGCUGCGCCGCUUCCAGGGCCUGUUGCUGGACCGCCGCGGCAUGCUGCACGGGCAGCUGCUGCGCCUGCGCGAGGUGGCCCGGCGCCUCGAGCGCCUCCGCCGGCGUUCCCUGGGGGCCUACGUGGCGGGCAGCUCGCUGAGCGCGGCGGGCGCGGUCGCAGCCAUCGUGGGACUCUCGCUCAGCCCCGUCACCCUGGGGGUCUCUCUGCUGGCGUCGGCCGUGGGGCUGGGGGUGGCCACCGCCGGAGGGGCCGUCACCAUCACGUCCGACCUCUCCCUGAUCUUCUGCAACUCCCGGGAGCUGCGGCGGGUGCAGGAGAUCGCGGCCACCUGCCAGGACCAGAUGCGCGAGAUCCUGAGCUGCCUCGACUUCUUCCUUCGCGGGCAGGGCCGCGGGGACCGCCAGCUGCUGCAGAGCGGGACGAACGCCUCCAUCGCGCUGUACAACUCGGUCUGCUUCAUCGUCUUCUUUGGCUCCCGCGGUUUCCUCAUCCCCAGGCGGGCCGAGGGUGCGACCAGGAUUAGCCAGGCCGUGCUGAAGGCCAAGAUCCAGAAACUGGCCGAGAGCCUGGAGUCUUGCACCGGGGCUCUGGACAAGCUCAGCGAGCAACUGGAGUCCAGAGUCCAGCUCUACACGAAGAGCAGCCGUGGCCACGACCUCAAGAUCUCUGCUAACCAGUCCGCUGGGCUGUUUUUCUGAGAAUAUCUUUUCCCCCUAAUGACCGAGGCCAGAAACCAUCCCCAUGGGAUGCUCCAGAUUUGUAGCUCCCUCAGGAAAACACCAAGUUGGGUUAGGAGCUGAGUGCAAAGGAUGAGAAAAACUGUUCUUCAAGUGAGGGAUGGGCAUGUGUCCUCCCAAACCUUCUUUUCCCAUCACCGUGACAUCCUGUCUGGGGCUGAGGGCUAGGGACUUUUUACCUGCCUGCUCCUGGUGGGCUAUGUGACGUGAAAACCAUUUUUCCUUUAUCAUAACCGUUCAGUCUUCACACCGCUGGGCACUCCUGAUUUAAGGGUGUUGCAGCAUCCCUGCCCCAGCCCCGGUGGGUGGUUUGAGCCGAGGCUGGAGAGGGUUGCAGACAUCACCACCCUUUGGGUCUUCUCCAAGCCCCACUAGGCUUUGAAGUCCUCAAAAUACCUCUAAGAGGAGACACUAGCUUUAAAACCUCUCUGCCAGAGUUUCUGAGUACAAAGAAAUCCAGAAUCCAGAGCAAAUCAGACCCUCUCGGAACUGUGUAGGAGGGUUCAGAAGCCAAGAGAGGCACCUCCUGCUAACAUGUGUCCCCUCCCCUCUCAGCGUGCCCACUCAUAGAUCCAGCCUGGGGGUGGAGUGGACCUUCUUGGGUGUCUUCAUAACCAGACCUCCAAGGUACUCUGAGAGGGGAAACCAACCAAACGGUCACCUAAGUCCCGCCCCCUUGCAGAAGAAACUGAGGCCAAGGAAGAGGAAAUGACUAACAGCUUCAUUUACUGACAUCAUAGCCUAGAAUAGGGAGCAAUGGCUUUUGAGUUAGUCCUGGGUUUACUGUCUGAGACUGGUCUGUAAAAUGGAUGCUAAAACCUCACCCCGUUGGGAGGUAUUAAGUGAGAUAAAGUGCCAAGCACAGUGUCUGGGUCACAAAGUGUGGCCCCUGGGCUGGCAGCAUCACCUGGGGACUUGUUAGAAAGGCAAAUUCUUGGCCUCAACUCUAAGGAGUCAGAAAUUCUGGAGGUGGGGCGCAGCAACCUGUGUUUCAACAAGCUCUUGGGGGUGAUUUGAUGCCUGAUAAGGUUUGAAAACCGCUGCAAGGGAUGUUGGUUUCUGAUCCUCUGAUGAGCUUUCACGGAGUCUGUAGCCUCUCUGGGCUCCGUGGUCUUCAGAGCCAUUCACAAAAGGUCAAGGACAGUGUCCCAGAAGUAAAAGAAAGAAGGUGCGUGGGGACGAUUGUGUCAAUGCUUCCUGGGGCAAUUUCCUACCUGGUGAACUAAGGGAUGUAACAGAAUCAGCCCUUUAGAGGGCAGUGUUGCCCACUCGUUGUAAAAACUGGUACAGAAAGGAAUGUGAAUUUAAUGGAAAUUGACCUUUAUUACCUUCUCUGAAAACCUCCAGACCAUUUUUUAAUUAUUUAUUUUAAGUUUCUUAUUUAAUGACUGUUUUUUAUUAACAUUUAAUUUUAUUUGACCACAACAUUAGAAAAUAAUAGGAAUAGCAAGUUGCUGAAUGGGAGACUACUGGGGUUCUUUUUGGGAGAUGAAGUUGAGUUUGCCUUUCUCAGGUGGGCCAGGAGCUGGAAAUAGCAUUGCUUUCCUUGAAUAAGUCUCUCUCCUUCAGAGGGGAAUUUUUUCCCCCAGUGUUUUAAAUGAUCCUUUUAAGUAAAUGUGGGAAGUUCUGAAAUAGAGAGACCAGGAGCUGAAUUUAAGCUUACAAAUGGAGGCUUGACUUGUCAAUAUAGAGGUGAUGCAAGCAUAUCUAUCCUGAAGGUACAAGACUUUGCCCGCAGAUAACGCUUGACCUGAAAAGCCUUCCCUAUUUAGUUCAGGGGGGGAGAAAAACCAAUUAGAGGCAUAUGAAGGAAGCACUUGGAAGCCUGAUGUCUUGUGAAGUUGGGUUUUAUGGGAGAUAGACAAAUUAGCUUGUGUUAGGAUGGUGACGUGUUAUAUCUUCACUUUGGGAGCUGUAAGAAAUCUGUAAACUGUCUAUUAGAAAA